AUGUUCAAAAUAAUUUUAAAAUUAUUUUUCCUUCCAUUAAUUUACAUAAAUUCUAAUUUAUCCAAAAAUAAUAAUUUAAUUAACCAACAAUGUUCCCAACAAUUAUUUAAACUUUAUUCUGAUUUUGAGGAAACAAAAACAGAAAAAAUAAAAAAGAAAACUUUAAUUUGUUUGUUGGACCAAAAUGUAGGGAAAAUGGCAGCUAAUAAAUUACUCAACAUUUCUUCUGAACUUUUAAAUUGUGAUCAAAUUAAUUCAAAAUUGAAUGAAAAUAAUUAUUAUUACGAGAAAAGGAUUCACAAUUAUGGACAUUAUGUCCAUCUUGGAUGUCUUUAUUCAAACGAUACUGACAAAAUCGGCCCAGAAAACUUUUUGGAUGGAAAACAGCCUUCAACUAAUUUAAUUAUACUCAGCGCUUAUUUUGCCGAUAAUUCAAAACAAUUUUUAUAUUUUACAAGAAAAGAAUGGCCAAAUGGAAUGCUAAAGAAUUUGCCUAAACCGAAACCAGAAUUUAAAAGAUUUCCAACAUUAGAUUUCCGUUUACCCUCAGAUUUUUUCUAUCCAUUUUUUGGAUGCUAA